UUUCAUCAGUCAUCGUCCGUCGGUGAAUCGAAAUGCAAACUGCUUCUGCCGUUGCUGCUGGUCGUCAUCGCAGUCACCGCGGCCUCAAAAAUUCUUGCUUCAUCAGCUUCUACAACUUGGAAUUUCGCUGAAGUGCGCGUGUGGUGGACUACUCCCGCAUUCCAUCCCAGUCGGGAAAGUGGACAAUCCGGUCAACAGAGACGAAGAAUCGACGUUACUAGCGAAAGUGUGGCCCUCAGUCCGGGAGUGUCCGGGGUCGCGUCGCGAAAUUUCAAUUUUUCUUCCCGACCAGCAGUGGGGAAAAACUUGUGAUUCGUCUUCAUCGAAAUCAUCACCGCCGUAGUCGUGUUCGUGAUAGUCGUCGGAUGGUGUGAAGGAUAGAGCAGUACAUGCGGUAGUCGGCAGCGAAUGUAGUGUGCCAGGGCGAGAAAGAUGCAUUGAUGUUCGUAGUGUUGGUUGAGAAAUAAAUUCUGCUGGCUGAUGAUUUUUGUGGUGUGUUGGGGGUGAAGGUGGUGAGAAAAAAAAACGGGAGAAAGUGCUACUUUUGGCGAGUUUUGCCCACUGUGCAAUAAAAAGGCAUUCACAGUUUUGGAUGUAAUUUUGCGUGAAAUUUCUGAGGAUUCGCUGUGGAUUACGAUUUUGUUUGAGUGGAGGAUUCCAACUGGAAAACGAAGCGAAGGAUAGCUGUUCCAAUCACUGUUCGAGUGGAGUGGUGCAGACCAAAUUUUGCUGUCCUCGGUUCCCUGUGUAUGUGUUGAGUUGCAGCCCCUGUUAAAGGGGUACAAAGUGCAAUCGGGUCACCAUGGGGAAGCUGCUGUCCAAAAUCUUCGGCAACAAGGAGAUGAGAAUAUUGAUGCUGGGACUAGAUGCCGCCGGCAAAACUACUAUUCUAUAUAAGUUAAAAUUAGGUCAAUCGGUAACGACAAUUCCAACAGUCGGCUUCAACGUCGAAACCGUAACGUAUAAGAAUGUCAAAUUCAACGUGUGGGACGUUGGCGGGCAGGAUAAAAUUAGACCACUGUGGAGGCACUACUACACAGGCACACAGGGACUCAUAUUCGUAGUGGAUUGUGCAGAUCGAGAUCGAAUAGACGAAGCGCGGCAAGAACUGCACAGGAUAAUCAACGACCGGGAGAUGCGGGAUGCCAUUAUACUGAUAUUUGCCAACAAGCAGGAUCUACCAGAAGCAAUGAAACCUCACGAGAUCCAAGAAAAACUUGGCCUGACGAGGAUACGCGACCGUAACUGGUACGUGCAACCCUCGUGUGCGACGACCGGCGACGGCCUGUACGAGGGCCUAACGUGGCUCACAUCGAACCAUAAGUUAUGAGAGUAAUUGUUGCAACAACCGAGCAAUAGUAGCAACUACAGCAGCAGCAGCAUCAGAAGCAGCAGCAGCAACAACAAAAAAUCCCCCUAAAGUCAGAAUACUGUGAGCUCGUGGGCCUCCACACGAUCAUCAUCAUCAUUGUUGGAGAAUAAAUGAUUAUACAGGAUGAGUUCCGGUGCACCAGCGAAAUCGGAUGUGGGCGAGUGAGGUUGAAUGGAUGCGAUGAUGCGACUGAGUGAGCUCCCGCAGCGUUCAUGUUGUGUGAUGUUGCCAAUCCUUAUUAUUCCUAGAAUGUUACGUGAAAUGCACUCCGGCGCGUUCCCUCCAGAAAUGAAACAUAACACAAAACAAAACAUGCAACAACUCUACUACCUACUAUCAUGAUUACUAUUAUAUGCUAAAUGCUACUAUUACUACUAUUAUCGGGUAUUCUAUUUCCGAUAGAUAUUUUUGUUUUGGUUUUUACACACUCCGCGCAUUAUAAGCAGAAAUAUACCGUUUAUUUUAAACUUUCUCUCGGAAUGUUGGAGAAAGAAGUAUAACGACGGGUGUCAUCUUUAUUCUGAAGAUGUAUUUAUGUUACAAAACCAGACAAACGAAUAGUCAUUCGAAACAUGGGCCAAGGCGUGUCGUUAAUAAUCGAAACUGUCCAUCACCCUUCGUUCUGAGUCAUUCUUGAAGUCUUGUUCUUACUCUUGCUGUCUUCGCUAAAUCCCUAGUCAGUUCAUGGGGUAAGACCAUUCCCGAUAUUCACCAAAUCCGAUUUUCUUUUUAUGAAUUUCUGCAAUCAGUGAAGCCAAAAGGAAUUAACCCACAAGAGAGGAAUCGUGUUGUCUAACUUUUGAAAGCAAACUGAAAACGGAAACAAAAACACAUAGCUCUGAAAUCCGGAAGCAGGCAAGCGUAGUAAAAUAGGAGGAAAUAUUUUAUUUGUAUAUAUGAUCGAGGGAAAAAUUAAUCUAAUUGAUUGCAACCCACAGCUUGAACAAAAAAUAUAUUAAAAUUGCAUAAAACGAAAAUAAGCGAAAAUAUUCAAAUAUUUUGUAAGCAAUUGUAUGAGAGUAGUCAAAAUAUCGUGGUAAGAUAUCCGAGGAGGGAUAAAUCGCUUAUGAAAAAGGGAACUACAGAGAAAUAGAACAAAGAAGCACCACGUCAUCCAUAUUCAAAAGAAACUUAUAUUGUAAAUAUUAUAGAAUGACAAAAAAACAAAGCAAACACAUGAAUCAAUAUUGGAAAAAUUCAACAGAACGGAAAACAACAAACAAAAAUAGGGAAUUAUUCAUAACAAAUAACUAUGCAAGCACCCCUUGAUUAAGUGAUAAUGAAAUAAGACCGGAAAGCAAAAACCAUUCACGCUAAAAUAGUGUUAUUUUGCGAAAAAUAAAAAAAAAUCGUCUCGUACCAUUCUA